AUGGCAAGUUUAUUCUCGAACUGUCACAUCGCAAAGAAGGUGAUCGCAAUUCCUGGGUUCCUGUUCCAAAAAAGACAUACUGGCCUCCACCUGCAGCUGCAGGAACUCCAAGACAAGAGAGUUCCACCUCACUUAGUGUAUCGGAUGAUAAUUCAUCAGUUCAGUCAUCCCCAUGGCAGCGUGAUCACUGUUGGAAACAAAGUAAUCCACGCCAUAAUAUUGGCAAGGAGAUGACAUUCAUCAUGCAGCCAUUGCGUCACAUGUUAUAUAUCCGGAACUUGCACUUCUUCUCGAAUACUAUUCGCCGGAAAAGAAGAAGCCCUUAUGAUCCCACGGAAGUUACUGUGUUAGAUGUGAACAGUACAAACAAUGGGAAAUUAGUGAGGCUGAAAAAAGUAGGAUCGGAUCCAGCCAAAUUGACUACUAUAGUACAAACACUGUGGGAAAGAGUGCAGGGAUCAAGCAGUAGUGAAACAGUGGCAUGUAGCAGCAGUGGGGUGAGUACAUCAAUGCCAGUGCAGAACCAUGCAAGGACAGUGACUGUGGCUGCCUGUCGCAUGGAUCCAAGCAUAAUAUCUCCGCGAAAAAGAAUUCUUCGAGAGAUGGAACGAGUCAGCCUUGAUGACUUGGCUAAUUCAAAACGGCACCGAGCUCGUACCACUAGUGCCUUGCCCCACAAUAAUAACAACAAUGGUAGUAGCAACAACUGCAUCGUCACGUGCCAAACUCUGCAACCAGGUAGUGCUCUGCCUUCACCACCCCAGCCAGGGACAAAGGUUAGUGUGAGCAGUUGCAGUUACAGUAUCACAUCUCUUCUGGGUACAGGCCGGGAUGAGGAAGCUGCUGUAGCUGGAGCAGGAAUACAAGACAGUGAACCGUCGUUUCUACGUACUCUGCUCAAGUCUCCAUCCCAGCAGGCCACGUCUCCUGAGCCAAGCCCCAGGCCAAAGGGAACCAAUAAGACUGGAGGAAGCAGAAAAGCUUCACCCACUCAGCAUCGGCAAAUUAGGUCGCCAUCUCACCAUGGGUCCCCCACGCUUUCUCCAUCACCAGAGUCACUUCGCUCAGGGCUACGAACUCCUGUUGUUCCGUCCGUGGGAAACCCGGCACAUGCCCCCCAGUUGUCAUCCUUUCUGCCAUCACCAUUGCUAUAUACCCCUUCUCUCACACCUCCCUACCUACCUCACCAUCCCUCUUCAUCCCUUGGUCAUCAUCCCUACUUGUCUGGCUUAUCAUCUAUUCCCCCACCAUAUCGCGGUUCACCAUCACCCAUCCCUUCAUACUGGGUCAACUACCCGCUCUCUAGUCUUCCACGGGGAGCACUGUACCCUCCUGGGCUGGUGCCCCCUUGCCAGGCCCCUCCACUCAGCUCCUGCCCAUGGGGGUCUUUGAACCAGCAACCCCUGGAUGACUUCAAGAAGGAUGAUGGUGCUUCAGAUGUUCCACUCAACUUGUCAAAACACGCCGGGUGAGACCACAAGCAGUACAGUGAGAAAGAAGUGAAAUGUAUAUAGAUGGUGCUGGGGUUGGAAAAGUAAGUUCAGUGACCUGCUUGUACCUGCGUCUGGAUCAGUUGACUUAUAAAGACUGUUUCUGCUCUAAUGAUGAAGCAGGUUUGAAAUGAAGACAGUAGGAAUCAAAUACUCGGAACUUCCUUAACAUAGUUGCAUGGAAUCAUAAUUAUCUUUAUGUAUAGACACUUUAAAAGUGGGGUAUAACAUUUCUGCAUUGUUUUUCAAAAGGAUGCAGGAGAAUUAACACUAACGUGCCUUGUUAGAGGCAAAUGAUUGAUGAUGACUUUGGUCACUUGUAAAGUUAGAUUAGGUUGUUUUUUUAUAUCUGAGAUUUAUGAGUACAUAUGUGUUUUUUUCUUUUCUUUUGUUGCUCUUUUCCCCCCUUUCACAAGAAUUUCAGUUUAUGGCGAGAACCAUUGAAAAUGGUUGCUGCCAUUGCAUGUGGAUUUUGUUAUAUAGAAUCUAGUGCAGAUUUAAAGAAAUCUAUCUGGAGUCUUGAGGAGUCCAUGCCCAUUAAUACUUAUAUUUGUGAUACCUUUCCAGUAUUCACAUUCUUCAGUAAUAAAAGUGUAUAUAUAGUUCCGAUCUUUGAAAUGUAUUCACACUUGAAGAAGGGAAAUUAAUUUGGUUUAUUAGGGGAAUGUUGGUAAAAUCUCAUUUCAGACAAGGUGCGUCUAAAAUUUGAACACAGAAAUUAUUGUCUAAUUACCAGUUAUGUUUCUGUCUUAUUAAAAUUUAAUUUUACAACUGAAUUUAAAGGUACACAUUUAUCACCUGUUUCCUAUGGCAGCUGAAUUGUUUUGUAGUUGGUGCUAUGCUUGUCUGAAUGAUGUCAUGGUGCUUAUAUUUUCUGUGUUCAGGCAAACCAUCAUUCAUUUUAUUAUGGUAUUCAGGAACUGAAUGACAGACAUUUCCUGAACAGAAUCAUACACAGGUUUUGGUUUGUGCAAUCCAAAUUAAUGUUAUAACUUUUCAUUUUAAUGCAAAACAGUGGAACUUUGUUAAGAAAGCUGCCUUUAGGACAGUGUCAUGUCUUUUUUACAGUUUUGACUCUCUCUUUUGCAUAUUCAUGUAUAUUGAGACAGCUAUAGAAGUUGCCGCCAUAUACAUUUUUGCCAGCCUCAAGUUCUGUUACGAGAUCUUUCUCCAAUAGUGCUGUGAAAUAUUUAAAAAUGUAAACCCUAAUGGCAUGCAUUUCGUUUUGUAUAUAUAGAGAGAUACAGUAAAGAUUCAACUAAUUUUGGUUUAUUUAAAAAGAGAGAAAAUGUAAGUUCGGAUGUUUCUGAAAGGUAAGAGCAUUUAUUAAUUUAUAAGACAAGUAAGAAACAAGAAUGUAUGUCCUGGCAUUUUUUGGAGAUAACUAUAUGACAUCAGUAUUGUAAUAAUAAUAUCAAAGCCAGUCUACAAAUGGAGCUUAGACCCAGCACUUUCACUUUCAAAAUGGUCUCACUAUCAGCCUCAGUUAAGGAAAAUGAAAAUGUUAUGUUAGGAUUUACAGUAGCCUGUAUGUUAUGGACCUCUGUAUUUUAAGAACUUGAUGUGGCAGAUCCUGGGCCCCAUCAUAAUUAAAGUUGUUAUACUCAAGUACUCUUUGUAUGUAAAGACAUAAAAGAACUCCCAUAUGACAUGUCUAAAACAUGGUCUGCUGAUGGUAUAUGAAUGAUUUACUGUACUUCUUGAGCAUUUCAUCAUAGUAAUUUUUGUUAAAGAAAAAGUUUUUGUACUUACAGCUUACAGAUUUUGUCACCAUUAUUUACAUGAAAUAGAAUUAUUCUUGUGAAGCUAGUAGUUGCUUGUCAAAGAAGUUCCCUGCCUGUUAUGGAACCCUGAGGUUUCAUUACGCUCUUAGUUCAAGUCACUGGAUCCAAUUCUGAACCAGAUACUUUCAGUUCAUAUGCUCAAACUCCAUUCCUUUAAGAUCCAUUUUAAUAUUCGCCUUCUAUUUAUGUCUAAAUUUCUAUUUCACCCCAGAAUUCUCACCCACUGUCAGUAGUGCUUAACCUAAUUUUUAUCUUGUGCCACUUUCUGUAGGCCAGGAGUGUAAGGUGCCAUUGAGUUGACUGUAUUAACAGAGGUAUGUUUUUACUCAUACACCUUUGCCUCAAGUUGUUUUUUUUAUAGGUUCACAUCUUAAAACAAAGAAAUAGAAAAAAAAAUGUGUUAUUACCAACAUUAUUGAGUCUUGUAUUUGCUUCACCUCAGCCAAUUUGUAAUCAGGUUGUUGUCUGGGAUAUAAUGCCAUGUAGUCUGUUGAAAGUCAACUGGCAUUGCUGAGGAACAUAUCACAUACAAGCAAAGCUUUGCUUGCUACUUGCUUCAUACUGGCUUCCUGUUUGGCUUGCUCUUCAACCCUGAGGAUGGAGGCAAAAUGUUCCUCCAAAACUUCUUUUGGCUUUCAAUAUACGUAUAUGUAUAUGUACUUCACAGCUUUGUAUCCCAGAAGAUAGAACUCUUCAUAAUUACAAGCUGAUGACAAAUUGGCUCAAAGAAAAAAGACCCAAUAAUGCUGAUAAUAAAAUCUUUCUUAUUUUAAAUUUCUCUAAUUUUGUGUCCCAGAAGAUAGACUUGUUCAUAACUGCUACUGUGAGAACCGCAAAUCCUACACGUAAUUUUGUUAUUUCAGGAAUUGCCAGUUUUUUUUAAGUCAUAAGUUGAGACUGAUGUUUGGUCUUGGUUUCUUUCAUCGAUGUAAAGACUUGUCAUAGAUAAAUGAUUGCAAAAUGGCAGAUACAUUGCUGGACACAUUUUUCUGAGGUUAGGGAAAUUUUCAUAAGGCAGUGACUUCCAAAACUCGAUAGUGUCAUCAGCUGUAGGAAUUACAGGAAGUAUUUAAUAACCAAUAAUUCAUAAUUUUAAUUUAAGUAAAUUAAUUUUUUACAUUAUUAAGGGGUCAUUCUAAACGUACAAAGUCACAGACUGAAAAUCAUAACAUUAACAUUUAAAAAUACGUAUAUAUUAGCAAAAUGAACAUCUUGCAAUAAUGAUGGAUUAUCACUUCAGUGAACUUUUAACAGAUGUCAGUAACAUUUCAUUAUUUACUAAUUCAAUUUCUAUAGCUGAACAGAAAACAGAGUCGACCCCAGGGCCAUAGUGCAGCUGGAAGGAUUAGGUCAAUUGAAAAAAAUCCACCUCAUCGGGAUAACAAUUUACAUUUUAGUUCAGUCACUUCCAUUGUUAUAUUUGUGUCCGGUACAUCUGUUUUCUGUUCAGCUAUAGAAAGUGGAUUAGUAAAUAGUGAUAUGUUACUGACAUCUGUUAAAAUUUCACCGAAGUGAUAAUCCAUCAUUAUUUGCAAGUUGUUUAUUUGGUAAUAUAUUUUUAAAUGUUUAUGUUAUGAUUUUAUAUGUUUAGAAUGAUCC